ACAUGGUGCUGGUGGAGGCUCAGGGAAGAGAAGUUGAGUCCGGGCGAGCUUGGGCAGCGCCGCCAGAGCCGAGCGAGCCGCGGGCGAGCGCCGCGCCUCCUCCGCAGGGAGCCCGCCGGCCGGGGCUCUGCCUGGACCAUGCCGAUCCUCCUCUUCCUCAUAGACACGUCCGCCUCUAUGAACCAGCGGGCGUACCUGGGCACCAGCUACCUGGACAUCGCCAAGGGCGCCGUGGAGAUCUUCAUGAAGCUGCGGGCCCGGGACCCGGCCAGCCGCGGCGACAGGUACAUGCUGGUUACGUUCGACGAGCCGCCCUACUGCAUCAAGGCUGGAUGGAAGGAAAACCACGCAACAUUCAUGAAUGAACUGAAAAACCUUCAGGCUUCAGGACUAACAACACUUGGUCAGGCACUCAGGUCGUCGUUUGACUUGUUAAAUCUCAAUAGAUUAGUGUCUGGAAUAGACAAUUAUGGACAGGGAAGGAAUCCAUUCUUUUUGGAGCCAUCUAUUUUGAUCACCAUCACAGACGGAAACAAACUGACAAAUACAGCUGGAGUCCAAGAGGAGCUUCAUCUUCCAUUGAAUUCUCCUUUGCCUGGAAGUGAACUAACCAAAGAACCAUUCCGUUGGGAUCAAAGGCUGUUUGCUCUGGUACUGCGUUUGCCAGGAGCUGCAUCUGCUGAACCAGAGCAGCUUGGGAGUGUGCCUACUGAUGAAUCUGCUAUCACACAGAUGUGCGAGGUUACGGGAGGUCGUUCGUACUGCGUUCGGACACAAAGAAUGUUGAAUCAAUGUUUAGAAUCUUUAGUUCAAAAAGUCCAAAGUGGAGUUGUUAUUAACUUUGAGAAGUCAGGACCAGACCCAGCUCCUAUUGGAGAAGAUGGACUUGUUGAUUCAUCCAGGCCCAUCAAUUCAUUUGCUUCUCAGCCGUGGCAUAGUUGUCAUAAACUCAUUUAUGUACGGCCUAACCCUAAAACGGGUGUUCCUGUGGGGCAUUGGCCAAUCCCAGAAUCUUUUUGGCCUGAUCAGAAUUCACCAACACUGCCUCCGCGCACAGCUCACCCUGUGGUGAGGUUCUCCUGUGUGGAUUGUGAGCCCAUGGUCAUAGACAAGCUUCCUUUUGACAAGUAUGAGCUUGAGCCUUCACCCCUCACCCAGUACAUCUUGGAACGAAAGUCUCCCCAUACCUGCUGGCAGGUAUUUGUGAGUAGCAGUGGAAAAUACAGCGAACUUGGCCACCCGUUUGGGUAUUUAAAAGCAAGCACUACUUUAACCUGUGUAAACCUCUUUGUGAUGCCUUACAACUACCCUGUUUUACUUCCAUUGUUAGAUUUAAAAGGAUGUGAGAACUCCCAAGACCAGGAGAAGUCUGCUCCAUUCAGCCACUACCUGCCAUAUUGGUGCAUCAGUGCGGUUCUAGUGGCUCCUGCGCUACUGGUAGAAUAUUGUGUUGGAGGACUGGUUGGGACAGUACCAUGGAUAAUCUCUGUUCCUUCUGAUGACUUGUUUAAGGUUCACAAACUAAAGCCAAAUCUGAAGUGGCGACAGGCUUUUGACAACUACCUAAAAACAAUGCCUCCUUACUACUUACUGCCAUUAAAGAAAGCCCUAAGGAUGAUGGGAGCUCCAAAUCUGAUAUCAGAUAAUUUAGAUUGUGGACUUAGUUACAGUGUUAUCUCUUACCUUAAAAAACUCAGCCAACAGACAAAAAUAGAAUCGGAACGGAUAAUAGGUUCAGUGGGUAAGAAAGUUCCACAAGAAAUUGGAAUAAAAGUGAAAAAUCACUCCAGUGGCCUCUCCUUGGUACACAGUAGGGAUUUUAAACAACUGCUGCAAGGGAUCACUGGAGAAUCUCCACUGAGACUAUCGGAAAUAAAUGUUAAAGAAUUUGCUGGAUUCCACAUAGGACUUUUAAACAAGGAUUUGAAGCCACAGGCAUUCAGAAAUGCAUAUGAUAUUCCUCGUCGCAGUCUUCUAGACCAGCUAACAAGAAUGAGAACCAAUCUUCUGAAAACACACAGGCUUAUCUUGGGACAGGAUGAAGACUGCCUUCAUAGUGUUCCUGUUGCUCAGAUGGGAAAUUAUCAGGAAUACCUGAAAAUGAUGCCUUCACCUCUUCGGGAGAUUGACCCAGAUCAACCAAAAAGACUUCAUACAUUUGGCAAUCCAUUUAAACAGGAUAAGAAGGGUAUGAUGAUAGACGAAGCUGACGAGUUUGUGGCUGGGCCCCAGAACAAGAUCAAGCGCCCCGGGGAGCCCAACACGCCGGCGUCACUGAAGAGGCGGCGCAGCAUGUCCCCCCUGCUGCGGCGGCCGCAGUCACCGCCCGUCGUCACCAACCACGUGGGCGGGAAGGGGCCACCCGCUGCUCCUGGCUCCCCCUCCUACCUGAACCUCAAGGGUGUCGCAGCAAAUAAAGAUACCAGUAACAGUGUUGUCCAAGAUGGCAAUGGAGAGAAGAAAGCAGAAGAUUGUCAGUCAUUGGAGAAGCACAUUGAUGGCUUACCUGUGCAAAUGGCUCCUGUGGUUCCAGCUGCUGUGGGAGAGGAUGAGAUGUUACCUAACGAUUUAGACUCUCUACCUGUUGAAUUCAAUUGUUUAAGUGAAGAUGGGUUGGAUCAUAAACCUGGUACCAAUGCACUUGUUCGAGGGCCUCUGAAUUACAGUGUGAGUGGAGAUGACCAAAAGCGGGCCAUGGAGUCUACUUCUGAAUCUGUGCCAAAUUCCUUUAAAAUAACACCUACCAUGUUGGAGGGAAACAAUGCUGACAUCAAAAUUAAAGUGAUGAAAGAGGUUCGCAAACCUGGAAGAAAUUAUGAAAAAAUAUUUUCUCUUCUUGAGGAGGUGCAAGGACCUAUGGAAAUUCAGAAGUAUUUCAUUGAAUUUGCUAUCAAGGAAGCAGCAAGGUUUAAAAAACGGGUCUUAAUACAACAUUUAGAGAGAAUACUAGAGGAACUAGAUUUCACCAGCCCACCCAACAGAGUUAAUCAUGUCAACAGUAGAUAAUAAUGUACCGGCCAGACGAAUGUGGACUAGGAAUGAGUUUGCUGUGCCACAGAAGAGUGGAAGAGGACGUAGCUGCUGCCCUCGCCAUCUUGGCAGUCAAGUGAUUUUACUGUCACAGUCUGAGAAGAAGCAGUGGAGCUUUAACUUUAAGAGCCUGAUUCGGCAGAAGCUGGGCUAUAACCUUAAGGAUUUGCUAUGAAAGGUGUGGCUUUUUCCUGUGGAGGGUGCUGUUUGCUCAACAGGCGGAAGAAAAUAACCAUUGCUGCCCCUCCUGCAGGUGAUGAGAAUUUACUCAUUUGAACGCUGUCAUUAGACAUUUACGUGCUGUAGGCAGCAGGUUGCACUAAAAUGGGGCACUGUCAAAUGCACACACUGUCUGCAUCGUGGAGAGAGCCCGUGUGUUCCCAAAAAAACCCUCCCAGAAACACCUGCACUGGUAAAAUUGCAUGUUGCCAUCACAGAGACAAGGGUCUUGUUCCCAAGAACUGCUAGCCAUGCCUUUAAACUUGAGAUUCAGUGUAGAUUGAGAGUAAAGAAACUGCUAUUGUAUUAAUGAAAGCUAAAGACAGCCCUGUGACUGUUACCACCUGAUGGUCACUAAACAAUCUACCUCAGACUCUCUUCUGUUUUGUCUGCAGACAUUAUGAAAGUGCACCUGAGGCUUCCCAGGUCCCCGACUUCAGUUCUCUUUCAUCCUGUGAGGAGGACGGAGAUUCUUCAGGUGGCCUUGGCACACGCUGUGCUUUGGAAGCACUAAAAGGAAACGCUUUUAAAAACGUGUAUUUUAAUGUUCAUACAAAAGAGAUUAUUUUGAACAGUAUUGUUACCAGAUCACUAAUUUGAUAUUUUAACUGUAUAAAUUUUUUUGGAACAUAUGUAUAUAUAAAAUAAACCAUUUUAUUAAUUUUUAAGAAGUGCUAAUCUGAGGAGUCUGUAGCGGGCAGCACUGAGUUCCUCCAGUUGUCUGCUACCGGCAGACUGAGGAUAUUUUUGUAAAACCAGCUGAACCUGGUCUUUCACAUCCUCAAACACAGCUUAUGGUGUUAGCUGCAGAAUGUGUUUGUACCCUGGAGCACCUGCCCGUGUGUCACUCAGCUUGGCCUCUGUGGGGUGCACAUUUUUACUCAGUUUUGAGGGCACUAAGUUCCAGUUUGCCAAACCCUUGGUUACCUGAGCUGGUAUUUUCUCCUCUGUUCCUCUUAACUAUUUUGUCCAAAGGCAAUGCCAUAUAUGACAGAACAUAUAAAGGAGACUGAAGCCACCUGCGUGUAAUUUUUUUUCUCUUUAAAGCAAUACAGUAAUGUGCCAGUAUUAA